GGGGAAGUUCAGUAGACAGAUAAGCACCGGUCCAAGAUCUUGGUUCCUCCGGCUGGUGUCUUCUGAUCCUGCUGUGAUGGCGCUUUUUAACAACUCCACAGUCUGUGAGAAGACAGUGUAUGAGUGUUGCCAAGACAUGCCUGCUGUUAUCAUUUGGUACCUGGGCCUGCAGUUCAUCAACAUGUUCCUGGGCAUCCCGGCCAACCUCAUGGUGCUGUGGCUCAUCCACAAGAACAAGGGGGACUCCUCCACUUCAGAUAUCUUCAUCCUUCAUCUGGCGAUUUUAGACACACUCUUCUGUCUCAUCCCUCCACUUGAGCUGGCCAACAUAGUCUUCCUCACCACCACCAGCACCUGGUACGUCCUGCGCUUCUUCUACGGCAUCAAAGACUACUCGCCUCUCUUCCUUUCCUGCAUCUGCCUGGACCGCUACAUGGCCGUGGUCCACCCCAUCACCUUCACCGAGCUCAAGGACCGUCACCACAGAGCAGUCCUGGCCAUCAUAGUCUGGCUAAUCAUUCUGGCCUACGCCACUGCUAAAUGUGUUGGCAACAUUAAAAACUUUGAUAAGGCCUUUACGGUGAUGAUUCUCGCAGCGUUCGCCUUCAUGGUGUUCUGCAACAUUGCGAUUCUCUGGGUGCUGAGGCAGUCUGGGCCUGGCAGAGAUGAGAUGCAUCCCGUGAAGAAGAGAGCCUUCAAGAUGGUUCUCAUCAUCCUGGCCAUCAUAGUGUUCAACUACUUCCCACCUGUCGCACUGUUUCCCUUCAAGUCCUACUUCUCUCCUGACGUGUUUCUUUGCUACAUUCACUAUAUCGCAUUCGGCUUGAUGGACUUCAGCAGCAGCAUUCAGCCGAUGCUCUACCUGUCCAAGGAAAAGCUCAGCUGCUGCCAGCCUGGCGCCAGCCAAAUCCAAUAGGGAUACAGGUUUGCUUUCAUAUGAAUGUUCUUUUGUGUAAUAUAUAGUAGGAAAUAUUAUGUUCUUGCUUAGUCCAAUGUUGAAAAUGCUGAUUAUUAAAAAGAUGUAUAUUCCAGUG